AUAAUAACACCGCACUGUAUAAAAUUUAUCAGAGUUUUUUCUCUAUUUUGAUAGUUAAAUUAAUUUAAUUUAAAUAAAAGGAAAUUUGAUAAAACUUCAAGUACAAUUAUGGCAUCAUUAGCAAAACCAAAGUCUGAAAUGACUCCAGAGGAGUUAGCCAAAAGAGAAGAAGAAGAAUUUAAUACUGGACCAUUAUCAGUACUCACACAAUCUGUCAAAAAUAAUACUCAAGUAUUGGUUAAUUGUAGAAACAAUAAAAAAUUAUUGGGAAGAGUCAAAGCUUUUGAUAGACAUUGUAAUAUGGUUUUGGAAAAUGUCCAGGAAAUGUGGACAGAAUUACCUCGAACUGGAAAAGGAAAGAAAAAAGCAACACCUGUCAACAAAGAACGCUUUAUUUCAAAAAUGUUUUUACGUGGUGAUUCUGUUAUUCUUGUACUCCGAAAUCCAUUAGCAACAGCAUCAGGAAAAUAAACUUUUUUUCUAAGAAAAAAAAAAACAACUUUUUACUACAUUUAAAAAUAAAAUGAAUAAAAAUUUAUAAUAUAAGUG